GAGAGGAACUCUGUCAUUCACUCUCAGUAAAGCCAAACACACAGAAAGGUACCUAGAGUUCCAAGCUGGUCAAGUUUUUUUCUGCGUGAGCCUCUCUGCUAUAGAGCUGAACAAGGCGUACAGUGACUGGGAUUUACGUAUACUGGCUGUAGGGAAAGAAGACUUUUUACCUCAGACAGCACACAUAGAAACACACAUUAUACAUACAUUCAUUUUUUAACUUCUCACCUCCUCUCACACUUUUUGAGAGUAGUGUGAACUCACAGCCCGGCAUCCUGCUGUUUUGCUCGGUGGAGUAGUUUGUUAAUCUUUGAUUGAUACAGCCAGUAGUUGUUGAGCCGGCAAUGUCGUGGGACUGUGGCCUGAGGUAUAUGUUCUCUGUGCCCCCUGCGCUGCAGCAGGGGAGCAUGUGCAUCUUGCAUGACAAGGAGGACCUGUCCAGGCUGGAGAUGGUCCAGAGACUGGCCAAGGAUGGAUGCCGCUUCCUGCAGAGCCACAGCAAGGGCCCAGAGAAGACCUGCGAGCCCCAGAGUGACGAGGCAGUCCGCGUGUGUCUGAGGGAAAGGGGCCACGAUGUGCUGGUUCUCCAGAGAGUGUCGUCAGAGCGGCCAGCCCUCUCUGCAUCGGCGAGGGGAGGAGGGAGGGAGGAGGCGAGGAACAAGAGGUACAUGGUGGUAUCAGGGACCCCAGAGAAGAUCCUGGAGCACUUGCUGAAUGACCUGACUCUGGACGAUGACCAGGGGACAACACAGGGCAAAGAGUCAGAUACACUUCUGGAUGACUUUCUGCUGACCUACCCGGUGUUCAUGUCAACCAGUGAUUUAUGCCAAGCUCUGCUGGGACACUAUUGCAACAAGCGCUGCAGAGGGAAAGAGGACAGGAAGGAGGCACUGGAGAGGAAACGAAAAGUCCUGCACCUGGUGUCACAGUGGAUGUCUCUCUGCAAAGAUUUCCUGAGAGAAGACGAGCACGUCAAACUGUUCAUGAAGACUUUGUGUCGUUACGUGUUGGAUGAUCUGUACGAGCACCCAGCCUUAGAGACGGAUGUGAGGGAAUUGCAGAAACUCUACCAGCUGCAUCGCAGACAUACGGUGGAUGACUAUUCCCCUCAGAGAAAGGGCAAAGCACUUUUCCACCAAUUGAGUCUGAAAGAGAACGGGCUGCAGUCCAGAGGCACACAGAGGGAGACCAAGGAAGUGCUGUGUCAUGUGUACAUCACUAUGGACUCAUACCUAAGUAUGAGGGCCCAUGCUGGAGUAGUGGCGCAGGAGCUGCUGCAGGCAGUGGCAGAAAGGAUGGAUGUCCCCCAGGGGGAUCUAGUACUUGUGGCCGUGACUUAUCCUGGAGGGAGGCUCCUCCUGCAGCCUCAGGACAGAGUUUUUGCCGAUUCUUUACGGCCGGUGGGGAGGUUGCACAUAUGCAGGAACAACCCGGGAGAAGUCCUGUAUCCGUUCACAGACAACUCAGAGCUGCAACAGAGGACGGCUCGCAUGCUCAGUUUAAACACAUGGGACGUGGCUGUUGCCCUCACCAACUUUGAUUGGACCAUCUUUGACUCAAUACAUGAGCAAGAACUGGUCUACUUCACCUUCAGUCGCCAUGCUAGCAGCAGACACACCAUGGCAUUCGAGCUGCUGCUGCAACGCUGCAACGAAGUCCAGCUGUGGGUGAUGACUGAGGUGCUGCUGUGCCCAACGCUGUGCAAAAGGGUCCAACUCAUCAAGAAGUUCAUCAAGAUCGCUGCCCACUGUAAGGCACAGAGGAACCUCAACUGUUUCUUUGCCAUUAUAAUGGGCCUGAAUGCUGCAGCAGUGAGCCGCCUCAGUCACACAUGGGAGAAAAUUCCUGGGAAAUUCAAAAAGCUGUUUUCAGAGCUGGAGACAGUUACAGAUCCGUCACUGAACCACAAGGCCUACAGGGACUCCUUCAAGAAGAUGAAGGCGCCAAAGAUCCCCUUUCUUCCUCUGCUACUGAAAGAUAUCACAUUCAUUCACGAAGGCAACAAGACGUUUCAUGAUAACCUGGUGAAUUUUGAAAAGCUGCACAUGAUUGCAGACGCAGUGCGGCUCAUCCGGCAGUGUCAGAAAGAUCACAUGGGAAAUGGCAUCACCCAGAAGAGCAGCUCUGAAGUGCGAGCCUACAUUGAUUACCUUCAUAUCAUCGACAAUCAGCAGACACUGUUCGAACUGUCGCACAGGCUGGAGCCUCGUGCUUAGAGAGCAGCUCUCACUGCACUCCCCACUCUGUCAGACAGACUGUCGGAUUGCCGCGGAACAAUCUAUCGCUGUCUCAUCUAUCUCUCAGGACUCAAGUCAGAGGAACACUGCAUGAUCCCGGCCGACUGCAGGAGAGAGCCUCUCAAUCAGGAAAACUCUCGCCAGAGACAGGAAUACGCAGCAGAAGACACAUCUUAGGUUAGACUUAGGUCGGCUUGUGCUGCCUGUUGGCAAGGAAAAGCAACACCAGCAGCAAGUUGGUGCUGCAGGUGUUAACCAGUGUGUCUGGCUCUGCAGGUCCAAGCUGCUGCUGCUCGUGCUAUUACUUUACUUUCCUACAGGUGGCAGAGGUUGGCAGAGAAAGAGCUGGUGUGAAAACAACCCAACAGCUCCCCUCUGUGGUGAAUCAGCAGCCUGUAAAAACUAUUGGUUUGCAGAUGAAGUCCUUCCUAUCCAAUUAAAAGCUACAAAAAAAACAAACAAACACGGAAACAGUGUUGAGCAAGGAAGUUCAUUCCCAACAUCGAGAACAGAACACGUCACAAAAAGAUCCACUUACUAGCCUUUUCAGAGCUUUUAACACAGCUCACAUCACAUACAGUGAUGAAGAUUAUCAGAUGCAAAUUGAGUCAUGUUACAUCAUAUAUGUAUUUACAGACAAGUGGGUUGUUUCAUAAGAUUUAACCAAAGAGUAUUUCAGUCCUAUACUGCGCACACACCUCUGCUUUCUCAGUCACACAAUCCAGAUGUUCUCUCUGCCUGAUGUUGCACAUACAGUCACUUCUGAAUCAGUACCGUGUUUGUACUUGCUAAACUGAAUCAAGACAAUAGAAAAAGUGAAAACGAUUGAUUUAACCCUGUUAAAUAUUUAAAAUUUUCAUAUAUAUUGUUUUCAUGAUCUAUUUUUACAUUUGCAGAACUCACCCUACGGUUUCCUAUUGUUUAAAGCGCAGUGUAUUAGAUGAGUUGUGACACAAUUCAGAUGGUUUCAGAGCACGAAAUUAGAAACGGAAAUACAAUAUAAUGUAUUUCUUUGGUGUGUGUGUGACAAGCUGUGUGUCUCUGUGUGUGAGUUAUAAUCACGUACGUUAGUGCCAAACACCAUAAAAAAUGCCCGUUCAAAUUACUUCUAAUUGCUCAUCUUUUUAAAAGCAUUGGUGGAAGGAUCUCCACGUAGCUGAGCUGUGGACAAUCAGUGAAAUGAAACAACAGAUGCAUCCUGCUACAGCUCUAUGCUGGUCUUUAAAGUUCAGGCUAAAACACAAUACAACGCAUUUUUCCUUGUAUCAGAGGAUCAGACAUCCAGAUCAUUUUGGCUUGAUUUGUUCAGGUUUGGAAAUCGGCUUUAGCUUUUGCUUUUGUGGGACUCAGUGUACCAGAAAUUAGCAUUUGAAAAACACCGUAGCAACGACGUGUCUUUCCAGAGACAAUGACAUGGUGACUCAGCAGCCCACGAUAACCCUCCUUCUGAACAGUUUCAGUGAGAGCUGCUUUGUAGUUCGACCAAAUGUUACUCUGCUUCAUCACAGUGCUACAGCUGAACGAGCUACAGAUACUGUAGAGAAACAUUUUCUAGAGAAAAAAAAUUGUUUUUUUGUGUUUUUGGGUGAACUGUCUCUAUGAAUAAAGAGCAAUAGAAAAAUCAAAUACUGCAGCACCUUCUGGACAAAAAUAAGUUGAGAAAGAGGAAGAAAAAAACAAGCCAUUUGCUCAUGUACAAUGUGUAGUAACACCACUGUAUACAGCUGUAUAGUGUGUAGUCAUAGAAGAUACAGUAUUUACUCUCUAAAUUGGUCAGCUAAAAAUGCUCACUUCUGCCCUAAGGUUAGGCCAUUUUAAAUAGGCGUUGUGAAAUGUUGUAGAUGGAAUUUUGCAUUAUAUUCUUGAAAUAUUAUUUGUAUAUUUUUGGAUUUCAAAGUCAACAGUGAACAUGGAGCUGCUUCAGCAGUAUCUAUCUUAUUUUGAAUUUCAUUUAUAUCAUCAACAAUGUACAGUUGAUUCUAUUUAUACUGUAUAUAUAUAUGUUGAAAUUCUGGAUACGGAUAUUUAUUUAUUUCAGAAUUAUUUAUUUGUUCUAUAGAUAUUACUUUUAUUAAUUCGGUUUUUCUGUUUUUUUUGUACACACUGUUUUGGUUGGUCUGCAUGAUAUGGCAUAAACCCAUGGAUUGACCACCAGUGUCAACUGUGCAUGCAAUAAAAUAUUUUUCAUCAUCAU